CAUGUUCAGCGGGGUGAGCCUCUCGGACCGCCUCAAAGCCGCCGUCACCCAGCUCGAGGCGACCGGCUCGUCGCUGCAAGCGCGCGCGCUGAGCGCCGCGCAAGCCGCGCACGCGCAGAGCCUGAGUCCGGGCCCGUCGCGGCCGGGCACGCCGCGCGCGAGCGGAGCGAGCGCACCGAGCGCAGCGAGCCCAGCCAGCGCCAGCGCCAGCGCAGCCAGCGCCAGCGGCGGCGCCGGAGCCAGCGGAGCGAACGCCAGAGCGAGUGCCGCCGGAACCGGAGCUGGAGCCGGCGGUGCCAGCGGAGGUGCGCCUAGCCCGACACCCUCCACGUCUCCAGUCAGCGCAUCGCAUCUCGCGGAAGGCGCGUUAGCGGGGCUCAGAAAGGGGUUUCUGCGUACGAGCCUCGACGGGCGCCCGAGUUCCGUCGAUCUGGGGCGGGACGCGCCGCCCGCCGUCGCGCGCAGCGCGAGCUUCUCCGGCCUCGGCGCGAAUGACGCGGAAGUCGAGGUUAAGAGCGCGGGCGAGGGCGCGCAGUCCGGGGGAGCAGAGAAGGGCAUUUCACAGGGCGCCAAGCCGCCAGAAGCUGAGCCCGCCGCGCCCGCCCCCGCUGUAGCUGUGGAUCCGCCGUCCGUACCCGAUACACCCGCGGAGACUCCGGCCAAGCUCCCAGAGUCGUCGGGGCCGCCCGCAGACACACCCGCCGCAACACCCGCUGAAGCCGCUCCUGCCGACAUACCGGAGGAAGCACCCGAUUCCGAGGCCGAGAACAAGGAGGCUGUGGCGCCGGCGCCAACGAAGAAGAACAAGAAGAAGAAGAAGAAGAAGGGCGCGGCGGCGGCGGUUGCUGCCGCGGCUGCUGCGGAGAAGGAGAAGGGAAGGGAGAAGGAGGAGAAGGCGGCGGAGGAGAUCAAGGCCGAGGUCAAGGGCAAGGGGCAGGCCGAGGCCGAGUCCGAGGUCGAGCCCAAGCCUGAAGCGAAAGUCGAGCUCAUGGCCGAGGCGCAGGUUGUGCCCGAGGCUGAUGCCCCGCAAGAGCCCAAGGUCGAAGUCGAGGAUCCCAGGGACCAGCCAGAGGUCCAGCGUGAUGUCGCGCCCGAUACUGCACCAGAGGUCAAGACCACGACCCCCGACGACCUCGAGGCCAAGCCUAAGCCCUCCGAAGCCACGCCCGAGGCCACGCCCGAUACCACACCCCAUGCCGGGCCAUCAGUCCAGGAGCUCGUGGAGAGCGCACCCGCCUCCUCCAAGAUCACCACCGCCGACCCAGCCGCCGUGGCUGCUGCCGCCGUCGGAGAGUCCACUACUACUGCCGAUGACGACGCCACAGCCCGCCUCGCUGACUCAGAGCGGCGCUUCGAAGACCUCUCCAGACGUUACACUGAACUCCUCACGCAAACACACGCAGCCAACAAGGUUUUCAAGGAGUUCACACCACUCGACAACAUCGCGGAUCCAGAUGCGCUCGAGGGGUGGGUUCGCAUGGUCACGGGCAAGGUCGACAUGAUGAAUGACGAGCUCAAGCGGAUGAGAGACAAGGUGGCAUUACAAAACUCCCGCAUGGAGGAGCUGCGCGACACGCACCGCCUUGAGGGCACGUCGCAGACUGACCUCAUCAAGAAUCUGCGACAGCAACUCUCAGUCGCUGAAAACAACCUCAACGCCAAGGCCGGGGACCUUGUACAGCUAGGCUCCUUGAAGUCUGAGCUGCUCAAGGCGCAACAAACUGCCAAAGAGGAGGAGGAGAAGCGGACAAAGGCCAUCUCUCUACUCAAGACGGUGCGGCAAAAGAACGUCAAAGUUGAGCGUGAGAAGGAGGAGAUGGCGCGCGAGCUCGCCGAAGCCCGUGCGGAUCGCACCCGUUCGCUCGAGGAAGUCGAGCGGGUAAAGGCGGACAAGGAGCGUGAGGUCACCAACCUUCGCAAGGGGUUCGAGCGGGAGCUCUCGUCGGCAAAGGAGCGCGCGGACAAGGAGCUCGCGGCGCGCAAAGGCGCCUGGGAGCUGGAGAUGAUCACGACCAAGGCGGCGCACGCGAAGGAGCUGAGUGCCCAGAGAACCAAGAUCACAUCCCUCGAAGCGAGCGUGAAGGAGCUCACAGCGAAGACGAGCGAGCAGUUUGCGGCGCUGCAGUCGCGGCAAGCGGAGGCCGAGGGCGCCAGAGCCGAGCUGGAGACGCUGCGGGGGCGCACGAACGAGCUCGAGUUCCAGCUGCGCGAGGCGCGCGAGCAGCUCGCGCUGCUGGAGGAUGCGCCGCGGCGCUCGGCGCCGCCGUCUCGCGCCCCGUCCCCAAGCCGGGCGGUGGACGUGCAGCGACUGCUGGCGGACGCGGACGCGCGCGCCGAGGCCAAGAUCUCCGAGCUGAAAACAAGAGUGCGGGCACUGGAGCGCGAACGCACCGAGCUUGAGGAGGACUGGGCGGCGAAGCUGGCGCAACGUGUGCGCGAGCUCGAGACGCUUCGCGCUGCGCUAGGCGCGAAAGAGGGCGAGGCGGCGCGCGCCGCCGAGGCGCGCCGGGAGCGCGAUGCGCGCCUGGACGCGGCGGACGCGGCGCGGCGCGAACUCGAGCGCCAGAUGGGCUCGCUGCGCGCCGAAGUCGAGGCGGCGCGCGCGGACGUCGCGCUCGCAGCCGAGGCGGAGCGGAUGGCGCGCGACGAGCUCGCCACCGCGCAAGGUGGCGCUGCUAGCGUCGCGGCGCAGCUCGAAGAGGCCAAGGCCGCCGCGGAGCGCAUGCGCGCCGCGAACCGCACGCUGCGCGACGAGCUGCGCAAGGUCCAGAGCAGCGCGCAGCUGCUCGAGCGGCAGCGCGGCCCCGGCGUCGGGUAUUGGGCCCAGACCCAGAACAACCAGGGCCAGGGCCAGGCGCAGCCCUCGCCCCAGCCGUCGGGGUCGGGCUCGCCGUCCGGCGCGCAGACGCCCGCGUCGCCCGCUUCGCCAAAACCAGAAGAGGAGGAGGUGAAUCUCGAAUACCUCCGCAACGUCAUCCUCCAGUUCCUCGAGCACCGCGAGAUGCGGCCAAACCUCGUCCGCGUGUUGAGUGUGAUUCUGCGAUUCACGCCGCAGGAGCUGCGCCGUUUGAACGCGAAGCUUAUGACAUGAUGCAGAUGUGCUUAGACAUGGUGCAGAUGUGCCUAGACAUGAUGCAGACGUGCUUAGAGCAAUGAUGGGAAAAAUUAGAUGGAAGUCUUAAAUUUGACAUUGGAAAUGAAAAAGUCCAAAGUAUCAUUACGAUGCGCAGCAGUGAUGAAUCUUGGUCAAUGCACAAAAGUGUGAACCAG